GCAAUCCGGAAGGACACGGCGACGACAACUUCAACCUCAACUUCAACAAUCUCCAUCCACAUCAACCAUUAUCAUCAUCAUCAUAAUCCGCCAACAUGUUCGGUCUCUCAUACUGGGUUUUCCCGCUCGUCUCAGCGGGCAUGUGGCUAGGCAUGCUCCUGGCCAUGUUGAUUACAUGGGAGGCUGAAGGACAUCCUCAUUAUGCUUCGAUGGAGUCGGGUCAACGCAUUGCGUACAUUUCAGACAUUGGCGCCCAAGGACUCAAGCCGCUUUUCAUUACCGGAUGUGUCAUUACCACAGUCUUCCUAGAUCUCUCCUUUGCGUCUGAAAGAUGGCUGCGACACCGGGGUAGACUGGCGCGAAACGUUUCCAUCUCUGAGAAGAUUCUGUCGGGGCUCUCUAUCGCCUUUGCCAUUGCUGGUACCGCUGGCUUGAUCUUGUUAUCAAUCUUCGACACCCUUCAUCACCCUCGUAUGCACGAUGGUUUCUUGGUGCUCUUCAUUGGCGGCUAUGUCAUUUCUGCCAUCUUCAUCUGCGCCGAAUACCAGCGCCUAGGCAUCAAGUACCGCCAGUACCGAGUUCUCCGGUUUUCUUUCUGGAUCAAGCUCACUUUCAUCAUCACUGAGAUUGCCUUGGCUAUUGCCUUUGGUGUGUGCGGUCACGAAUCCAAGAGACAGGCUGCUGCUGUUCUCGAGUGGAUCAUUGCUCUCAUCUUCACCUUUUACGUCUUGACCUUUUUCAUCGAUCUUCUCCCGGCUGUGCGGACCAAGAACAAGGCUGUGCGAGAGGCCCAGCAAGAAAUGGGCAUCAACCCCGCUGCUCCGGCGCCACACGAUGGCCAAUUCUUUGAGCCUCCGUCUCACAACUCCCUAGACAGCCGUGCCGGUCUGACCAACGAUGGUCGCCACUACCGUCAACCCAACUUUUAAAAAAAAAAAUUCCCGCCUCAUCUCCAAGGAUCUUUUUUCCUUUGAACACAUCUUUCUCUUCCCGUUCUACCAAACUAAUACCAUACACGUGGAGUUGAUCGGAUCAUUAUACUCUUUUUUUUUCUUUUCAUUAGAACCGUUCUCAAAGAGUUUUUUCUCUGGUUUUUGCGCUAGCAUCGCAUUACAGCCGGCGCAUUUGU